CCCAAAUCUUCCUUUCCUUCCUUUUAUUUAUCAUCUCCCUCUCCCUAUAUAAUAUAACCCACCAUACACCACCAACUCACUAACCUAUCUCCCAAAUCCCUCUUUUGCGUUCCCUCUAUUUCCUAAUACACAAAACCAUAUAGUUUCCUGCUUCAAUAUAUUAUUCACUUUCCACCACUAAUACCAAAUAUGGUGUUGGCUUCCCCAGAUUCAAUUCUGGACGAAAGAAUUAAACUCAUCGACCUUCCCAGGGUGGACCUUACGGCCGAGAGGUCCACCGCGGCGAAACUCAUCGUGAAAGCGUGCGAAGAAUACGGUUUCUUCAACGUGGUUAACCAUGGCAUCCCUCAUGACAUCAUAACCAAGAUGGAAGAAGCAGGUUUCGAUUUCUUCGCGAAACCGCUGCAAGAAAAGAAAGAGGCAGCGUUUGGCGAUUACCCCUUUGGUUAUGGCAGCAAGAACAUUGGUUUCAAUGGAGACAAAGGUGAAGUGGAGUAUCUUCUUCUCAAAGCCAGUAGUGCUACCGAUUCUGUUGCUCCGCUGUCAAAAAACGUGUACAAUGAUCCAUCAAACUUCAGCUCUACUGUGAGUGCAUACACAGAUGCUUUGAGAGAGCUAGCAUGUGAGAUAUUGGAGCUAAUGGCAGAGGGUCUGGGGGUCCCUGAUACACUGGUUUUCAGCAGGUUGAUCAGGGACGUUGAUAGUGACUCAGUCCUCAGGUUCAAUCACUACCCUCCUUUACUUAACAAAGACCCCUAUACUAAGGUUGGGUUUGGGGAGCAUUCUGACCCUCAGAUACUGACCAUCCUCAGAUCCAACGAUGUGGGUGGCCUCCAAAUCUCUGUUCAAGAUGGCGUGUGGAACCCAGUCACUCCUGAUCCCUAUGCUUUCUGUGUUAACGUGGGAGAUCUACUACAGGUGAUGACAAAUGGAAGAUUUAUGAGCGUGAGACACAGGGCCGUGACCAACUCAUGCAAGUCUAGAAUGUCAGUGGCAUAUUUUGGGGCUCCACCACUUGAUUCCUUCAUUGUUGCUCCUCCAGUUAUGGUUACACCCGAGAGGCCCUCCCUCUUCAAAGUAUUUACUUGGGCUGAAUACAAGAAAGUCACCUACUCUCUCAGGCUUGGAGACAGCCGCAUUGACCUUUUCAGGAAGUGCACACAAGUAGAGUAAUAGGGCAUGAGCAAUCAAAAGUAGAUUUGGUACUAAUAGUGUAAAGGUUUUUUCCCUUUUCUGUUUGUAAAAUGAUGGCCUCAAAGGAAAGACACCUAACAGUAGUGCACACUUAAUAGACGUUCACAGUGGAAAAAAAAAGAGAAACUAGAUAAGUAAUUUAGUGUUUAAUUUGUAUUGUUUAGGUGUUGAAAUACCCAUUAAAAGUUUAUAUUUUGCCAAAAUGUGGCAACAAAUUUUUGCAUUUGAGUGGAAUUGUGAAAGUUAAUAGAAAAAAUUAGUUACUACUUUAUGGCAACU